CUGUAAGAGGAAGAAACACCCACUUAUUUAAGAAUGGCGGCGAUGCUUUCUAGCAAGGAGAAGCUGCCAGACAGAAACGUUUGACCUACCAGCUCACUGCGGCUUCUUACUCAGAACACCGCCGCAAGGCGAUCGCUGUCGAGCGCAAAUAGAAUUGUUGGAUUGUUGUUUUUUUAUCUCCAAUCUUUGGACCGGAAACGAGAGUGACAUAGCGCAGAGCUUGAUGGAAGAUAAGCGUCUCGACCUCGACAUCCCGCUCCUCUCUGUCCGCCGACACUCGGUCCCAACGCCGGUGAAACCCUCAACUAAAUCACAGGAGCCGGCGGCGAAGCCGCCAACCCUUUCUCGGAGAUCCGCCGUUCCUUUUUACAAGUCGGACCUCAAGUCCGGCCCUGUGCGGAACCCCGGAGUAGUGCCUUUCGUAUGGGAGAAGAAGCCAGGCCAACCCAAAACCGGCGUCUCUCCUCGCGUCCGUCCUCCGCCGGUCCCUCUUCUUCCUCCUGGAUGGAUCCCAAACGAUGCUGGACCUGAUGGGUCUUUUAGUAACCCCAAUUCCAUCUACGAGGGUAAGCCAAUGGAGGAUGCAGCAGUAAUGGCUUCGGGGGAGUUGCUGAAAGUGACGGAGGUGGAAGAUAGCUUUUCGGAGGCAGUCGAGACGUUAUCACGGAGCGAAUCCUUCCUCAUGAACUGCAGCAUCAGCGGCCUCAGCGGUAUUCCAGAUGCCUUUGUCCCUUCUGGAAGCUUCUCCACCGAUCCAGAUGUUAGGAAUCUGAUGAUGGACCGCUUCCUUCCCGCCGCCCAAGCGAUGGUUGCCGGAUCGCCGCAAUGUCCUCCUUGGAAGCCAGCGAAGGUCGUUGAGAGGGUUGAGAAUGGAGAGCAUCGGCUCCGUCGGGUACCCCUCCCUUAUCAACACAGGCCAUACUUUGUUGCUCGAUAUCCUCGUGAUGAACUUGGCAGUUCUGAUGGUGAUGACGAUGGUGAUUAUGAUGAGGGUUCAGGAAAUUUUGCAUCGAAGGCAUGCGGGCUUCUACCUCGGCUCUGCUUGAAGAACUCCUUUUGUCUCUUGAAUCCAGUGACUGGUAUGAAAGUUGGAGGUCGACAACGUCGCCUUCCACCUUCAACAAGUCAGAAGAUUGGUAGCAUCUUGCACGAUGAUGGACCACUUUCUCAGGCUGAGAAUGAGCUGUGGGAAGCUGUUUAUAAACACAAGCUGAGACUGGGGAUUCCUUUUCAUGAGGAAGGUGAGAGCAAGAGCACGACGACUAAGUCUAAUCAGCAUGGGCAGCUGAGCGAUUCGCAGACAUUAGAUAGAUCUUCUUCUUGCUGCCAUUCUGGAGGCAGCCGGGAGGCGUUUGUUGAAAUUCUUAAAAGGGAUGCGAAGAAUGAUAAGAGUGAUGGGUCAGAGUCCUUCGAUAACGAUGGUGAAAGAGUUUAUGCAAUGAGUACUAGCCAUGGAAGCCGGCAGGACUCAGGUAUUCUGAGUCCUGCAAUGGGGAACUCUGUUAUUGUAGAUUCACUUCUGGUAGAAAUUCCACAUUCUAAACACACUUCUACUGACAGCGAGAAAGGUUUUAGGUCCCUAAAUGAAACUAGUGAAUCUGCUUAUGCGGUUUCUGAAGUUAUAGCGGAUAAUCAAAGAAUGGAAGAGAACCCUUGGUCAGAAAGACAUAAUGGAUUUGUGCUGCAGCCCCAAUCAUCUGGGAUUCACGAUUCUGAUUUGAUUCUUCACUCUGCUAGGAAUCAAAGCGUUGGAUCACUCCCUUUAGAAGUGGAAGAGCAAUCAAAGACCAAUUCAAAUUUUCACUUCCUUCUCCCCCCUCCCUUGCCCAAAACACCAUCAGAAUCGUGGCUAUUGCGCACCUUGCCUUCUGUAUCAGCAAAGAGUUCAUCAGGGCAGUCAAUUUUUGGAAUCCAUACGCUGCAGAGAAAGCAAGGCUUUUAUGCAUCUUCUACUCCUCCUAGGCAAGAAAGUGACGCCAAAACUUUAGAAUCACAGCAUCAACAGGUACCAUGUGAUGUUGUACCUACUGAACAGAAUAAAGAAAGCAGCAUUAAACAUUCUGAGUUACAAAAUGAGCAAAUACCUGACAUAAAGCCUUCCAAACUACCACGUCGCCAAAUUCGCUUUGCUGAUGUGCUAAUGACACCGUUAUCCCCACGAUCUGAGAUGUGAAAAUAUGUUGAUAUUCUUUCUUUUACAAACUCAUUGAUUUUCUCGUCUUUAGAUUUCAUUUCCAGAUAUUUGAAGGUAUUGUAGCUCAUUCUCUUAAGACCCCAAAUACUGGGAUAAGGUUAGUGAUAAAAUGAUGAUCGUAGCUCGCUCCUUUCAUCUUGUUUUAUAUUUAUUUAUCUUUUGAUACUUCCAUUGCUGCAGUUUCAGGUAGCUUUUAUCUUUGUUACCUUUUGCUCAUGCAAAGAUGUACUUUGUUACCUUUUGUUCAUGCAAAGAUGUAAUUUAUUUACUCAAUCUGUAUGUAAUAAGUGGUGAUCUCAACUUUGAGUUUCAUGUAUAAAUAACUUUUCAUUGAAAAGCAAAUUCCUC